AUGACUGCAGAUUGGACGACAACUAAAAGGACUAAAGUACUUGUUGGUUCUUUCAUUGUAAGCGUCUUCUUGUUUUUCCUUGCCGGAAAGCUCUUCUAUAUGCAUCAUGUGAACUGCCCACCCCAUCCUGCGGUCAGCGUAGAUCGAACGCUAGCUGUAGCUGAUGAUAAAGACUUUGGCCGAGUAAUGGGAAUUGGAAUGCGUAGACACUUACCGAGUGCCCUUAUCAUCGGUGUUCAGAAAAGUGGUACUGGUGCAUUGUUGAAGAUGUUAAACAUGCAUCCAGACAUACAAAUCUCCCAAAAAGAAGUGCAUUUCUUUGAUCAGGAUGAGAACUACUCGCGUGGUGCUGAAUGGUACAGACGACAGAUGCCGCUUUCCUAUCCUUCGCAAAUAACCAUUGAAAAAACACCCGGCUACUGUGACUCUGAAAUCGCACCUGAACGAAUUGCUUUUAUGAAACCAGACAUGAAAAUUUUAGUUAUUGUUCGUGAACCAACAACGCGGGCAAUAUCUCAGUACGUGCACAUCCUGUUGAAUAUGCAAGAACGCAAUAUACCAUAUGAUUCGUUUGAGAAAUAUGCGGUGCCCGAGGGAUACGUGGACACAAAUUACAAAUGUAUUAAACGGAGUAUGUACAUUAAUUUUUUACAGCGAUGGUUAGCAAUUUUCCCUCGUGAUCAGAUACACAUUGUUGACGGCGAUAAAUUGAUCACAAAUCCUGCGUAUGAGCUCAAGAAAGUUGAAACAUUUCUGGGAUUGAAACAACUCAUAACCGAGGACAACUUUUAUUUUAACAAGACGCGUGGGUUUUACUGCAUGAUCAAUGGGCCAACUCGAUCCUGCUUGCAGAAAUCAAAAGGUAGAAAACAUCCCGAUGUGGACCCAAUGGUAAUUGAUGUACUUCAUGAUUUUUUCCGCCCAUUCAACAAGAGAUUUCAGGAAGUGUUCAAUUUAAAAUUUGAUUGGCCGUGA